AUGCUCCGUGCGCGCCUUUCCGUGUGCGUGAUUUUUUUCCUCGUUUUUUCCCUGUUUUAUCCGCCUCUUCCUCAUCCCUGCCCUCCGCUCCCGUCUUCCCCCUCCCCUUCUGCUCUGUAUUCUCCUCUCGCUUUCCCCUUCUCCUUGCGUUUCGUAUUCGGUCUCGUUUUCUCUUCCCCGUGCCUUUUUACCUCUGUAUUCGCCUCUCGUUUCUCAUCCCCCCUGCCCUUCCGCCUGCCCGCCGUCUCCCUCCCCCCCCUGCUCUUCGUCUCGUGCGCCUUGCGCCCCACCCUCAGCGAGUCGCGCUUCUCCACGGGGUCCGUCCUGCGUCGUGCGCGCCAGGAGUCCGUUCGUUAUCAGUUCCAGAGCGACUGCAAAGAGCUCCUACCAGUUCCGCCCUUCAUCACCGCCGUCUCGCGCCAUCCCUCCCAUCCCCCCCUUCUCUGCCCGCCGCACCCCCUUGUGCUCCUCCCCCCUUCUCUGCCCGCCGCACCCCCUUGUGCUCCUCCCCCCUUCUCUGCCCGCCGCACCCCCUUGUGCUCCUCCCCCCUUCUCUGCCCGCCGCACCCCCUUGUGCUCCUCCCCCCUUCUCUGCCCGCCGCACCCCCUUGUGCUCCUCCCCCCUUCUCUGCCCGCCGCACCCCCUUGUGCUCCUCCCCCCUUCUCUGCCCGCCGCACCCCCUUGUGCUCCUCCCCCCUUCUCUGCCCGCCGCACCCCCUUGUGCUCCUCCCCCCUUCUCUGCCCGCCGCACCCCCUUGUGCUCCUCCCCCCUUCUCUGCCCGCCGCACCCCCUUGUGCUCCUCCCCCCUUCUCUGCCCGCCGCACCCCCUUGUGCUCCUCCCCCCUUCUCUGCGGAGGCGGUAAGCGAGGAAGCGCGCCGAGCCAAAGCGCACCUUCCGGGAAAAGCGGAAGCCAGCAAGGAGGAAAGAGCGCGUUUCGGCGAAGGUGGCGGGGUAACGGUGGAGGCGACGCGGCGCGGACGUGGCGGGAAAACGGUGACGGUGGUGGAGGGGCUGCGAUUGGCCGGCGGCGAUGCUGAGGUGGCAGCUCUGCUGAAGAAGCUGAAAGUGGCGCUCGGGAGUGGCGGCGCCGUGAAAGACGGAUGCAUUGAACUGCAGCCCCCUGCCUCCACAUGCAUCCACAGCCCCCUGCCUCCACAUGCAUCCACAGCCCCCUGCCUCCACAUGCAUCCACAGCCCCCUGCCUCCACAUGCAUCCACAGCCCCCUGCCUCCACAUGCAUCCACAGCCCCCUGCCUCCACAUGCAUCCACAGCCCCCUGCCUCCACAUGCAUCCACAGCCCCCCUGCCUCCACAUGCAUCCACAGCCCCCUGCCUCCACAUGCAUCCACAGCCCCCUGCCUCCACAUGCAUCCACAGCCCCCUGCCUCCACAUGCAUCCACAGCCCCCUGCCUCCACAUGCAUCCACAGCCCCCUGCCUCCACAUGCAUCCACAGCCCCCUGCCUCCACAUGCAUCCACAGCCCCCUGCCUCCACAUGCAUCCACACCCCCUGCCUCCACAUGCAUCCACAGCCCCCUGCCUCCACAUGCAUCCACAGCCCCCUGCCUCCACAUGCAUCCACAGCCCCCUGCCUCCACAUGCAUCCACAGCCCCCUGCCUCCACAUGCAUCCACAAGCCCCCUGCCUCCACAUGCAUCCACAGCCCCCUGCCUCCACAUGCAUCCACAGCCCCCUGCCUCCACAUGCAUCCACAGCCCCCUGCCUCCACAUGCAUCCACAGCCCCCUGCCUCCACAUGCAUCCACAGCCCCCUGCCUCCACAUGCAUCCACAGCCCCCUGCCUCCACAUGCAUCCACAGCCCCCUGCCUCCACAUGCAUCCACAGCCCCCUGCCUCCACAUGCAUCCACAGCCCCCUGCCUCCACAUGCAUCCACAGCCCCCUGCCUCCACAUGCAUCCACAGCCCCCUGCCUCCACAUGCAUCCACAGCCCCCUGCCUCCACAUGCAUCCACAGCCCCCUGCCUCCACAUGCAUCCACAGCCCCCUGCCUCCACAUGCAUCCACAGCCCCCUGCCUCCACAUGCAUCCACAGCCCCCUGCCUCCACAUGCAUCCACAGCCCCCUGCCUCCACAUGCAUCCACAGCCCCCUGCCUCCACAUGCAUCCACAGCCCCCUGCCUCCACAUCCACAGCCCCUGCAUCCACAUGCUCCCCCCUGCCUCCACAUGCAUCCACAGCCCCCUGCCUCCACAUGCAUCCACAGCCCCCUGCCUCCACAUGCAUCCACAGCCCCCUGCCUCCACAUGCAUCCACAGCCCCCUGCCUCCACAUGCAUCCACAGCCCCCUGCCUCCACAUGCAUCCACAGCCCCCUGCCUCCACAUGCAUCCACAGCCCCCUGCCUCCACAUGCAUCCACAGCCCCCUGCCUCCACAUGCAUCCACAGCCCCCUGCCUCCACAUGCAUCCACAGCCCCCUGCCUCCACAUGCAUCCACAGCCCCCUGCCUCCACAUGCAUCCACAGCCCCCUGCCUCCACAUGCAUCCACAGCCCCCUGCCUCCACAUGCAUCCACAGCCCCCUGCCUCCACAUGCAUCCACAGCCCCCUGCCUCCACAUGCAUCCACAGCCCCCUGCCUCCACAUGCAUCCACAGCCCCCUGCCUCCACAUGCAUCCACAGCCCCCUGCCUCCACAUGCAUCCACAGCCCCCUGCCUCCACAUGCAUCCACAGCCCCCUGCCUCCACAUGCAUCCACAGCCCCCUGCCUCCACAUGCAUCCACAGCCCCCUGCCUCCACAUGCAUCCACAGCCCCCUGCCUCCACAUGCAUCCACAGCCCCCUGCCUCCACAUGCAUCCACAGCCCCCUGCCUCCACAUGCAUCCACAGCCCCCUGCCUCCACAUGCAUCCACAGCCCCCUGCCUCCACAUGCAUCCACAGCCCCUGCCUCCACAUGCAUCCACAGCCCCCUGCCUCCACAUGCAUCCACAGCCCCCUGCCUCCACAUGCAUCCACAGCCCCCUGCCUCCACAUGCAUCCACAGCCCCCUGCCUCCACAUGCAUCCACAGCCCCCUGCCUCCACAUGCAUCCACAGCCCCCUGCCUCCACAUGCAUCCACAGCCCCCUGCCUCCACAUGCAUCCACAGCCCCCUGCCUCCACAUGCAUCCACAGCCCCCUGCCUCCACAUGCAUCCACAGCCCCCUGCCUCCACAUGCAUCCACAGCCCCCUGCCUCCACAUGCAUCCACAGCCCCCUGCCUCCACAUGCAUCCACAGCCCCCUGCCUCCACAUGCAUCCACAGCCCCCUGCCUCCACAUGCAUCCACAGCCCCCUGCCUCCACAUGCAUCCACAGCCCCCUGCCUCCACAUGCAUCCACAGCCCCCUGCCUCCACAUGCAUCCACAGCCCCCUGCCUCCACAUGCAUCCACAGCCCCCUGCCUCCACAUGCAUCCACAGCCCCCUGCCUCCACAUGCAUCCACAGCCCCCUGCCUCCACAUGCAUCCACAGCCCCCUGCCUCCACAUGCAUCCACAGCCCCCUGCCUCCACAUGCAUCCACAGCCCCCUGCCUCCACAUGCAUCCACAGCCCCCUGCCUCCACAUGCAUCCACAGCCCCCUGCCUCCACAUGCAUCCACAGCCCCCUGCCUCCACAUGCAUCCACAGCCCCCUGCCUCCACAUGCAUCCACAGCCCCCUGCCUCCACAUGCAUCCACAGCCCCCUGCCUCCACAUGCAUCCACAGCCCCCUGCCUCCACAUGCAUCCACAGCCCCCUGCCUCCACAUGCAUCCACAGCCCCCUGCCUCCACAUGCAUCCACAGCCCCCUGCCUCCACAUGCAUCCACAGCCCCCUGCCUCCACAUGCAUCCACAGCCCCCUGCCUCCACAUGCAUCCACAGCCCCCUGCCUCCACAUGCAUCCACAGCCCCCUGCCUCCACAUGCAUCCACAGCCCCCUGCCUCCACAUGCAUCCACAGCCCCCUGCCUCCACAUGCAUCCACAGCCCCCUGCCUCCACAUGCAUCCACAGCCCCCUGCCUCCACAUGCAUCCACAGCCCCCUGCCUCCACAUGCAUCCACAGCCCCCUGCCUCCACAUGCAUCCACAGCCCCCUGCCUCCACAUGCAUCCACAGCCCCCUGCCUCCACAUGCAUCCACAGCCCCCUGCCUCCACAUGCAUCCACAGCCCCCUGCCUCCACAUGCAUCCACAGCCCCCUGCCUCCACAUGCAUCCACAGCCCCCUGCCUCCACAUGCAUCCACAGCCCCCUGCCUCCACAUGCAUCCACAGCCCCCUGCCUCCACAUGCAUCCACAGCCCCCUGCCUCCACAUGCAUCCACAGCCCCCUGCCUCCACAUGCAUCCACAGCCCCCUGCCUCCACAUGCAUCCACAGCCCCCUGCCUCCACAUGCAUCCACAGCCCCCUGCCUCCACAUGCAUCCACAGCCCCCUGCCUCCACAUGCAUCCACAGCCCCCUGCCUCCACAUGCAUCCACAGCCCCCUGCCUCCACAUGCAUCCACAGCCCCCUGCCUCCACAUGCAUCCACAGCCCCCUGCCUCCACAUGCAUCCACAGCCCCCUGCCUCCACAUGCAUCCACAGCCCCCUGCCUCCACAUGCAUCCACAGCCCCCUGCCUCCACAUGCAUCCACAGCCCCCUGCCUCCACAUGCAUCCACAGCCCCCUGCCUCCACAUGCAUCCACAGCCCCCUGCCUCCACAUGCAUCCACAGCCCCCUGCCUCCACAUGCAUCCACAGCCCCCUGCCUCCACAUGCAUCCACAGCCCCCUGCCUCCACAUGCAUCCACAGCCCCCUGCCUCCACAUGCAUCCACAGCCCCCUGCCUCCACAUGCAUCCACAGCCCCCUGCCUCCACAUGCAUCCACAGCCCCCUGCCUCCACAUGCAUCCACAGCCCCCUGCCUCCACAUGCAUCCACAGCCCCCCUGCCUCCACAUGCAUCCACAGCCCCCUGCCUCCACAUGCAUCCACAGCCCCCUGCCUCCACAUGCAUCCACAGCCCCCUGCCUCCACAUGCAUCCACAGCCCCCUGCCUCCACAUGCAUCCACAGCCCCCUGCCUCCACAUGCAUCCACAGCCCCCUGCCUCCACAUGCAUCCACAGCCCCCUGCCUCCACAUGCAUCCACAGCCCCCUGCCUCCACAUGCAUCCACAGCCCCCUGCCUCCACAUGCAUCCACAGCCCCCUGCCUCCACAUGCAUCCACAGCCCCCUGCCUCCACAUGCAUCCACAGCCCCCUGCCUCCACAUGCAUCCACAGCCCCCUGCCUCCACAUGCAUCCACAGCCCCCUGCCUCCACAUGCAUCCACAGCCCCCUGCCUCCACAUGCAUCCACAGCCCCCUGCCUCCACAUGCAUCCACAGCCCCCUGCCUCCACAUGCAUCCACAGCCCCCUGCCUCCACAUGCAUCCACAGCCCCCUGCCUCCACAUGCAUCCACAGCCCCCUGCCUCCACAUGCAUCCACAGCCCCCUGCCUCCACAUGCAUCCACAGCCCCCUGCCUCCACAUGCAUCCACAGCCCCUGCCUCCACAUGCAUCCACAGCCCCCUGCCUCCACAUGCAUCCACAGCCCCCUGCCUCCACAUGCAUCCACAGCCCCCUGCCUCCACAUGCAUCCACAGCCCCCUGCCUCCACAUGCAUCCACAGCCCCCUGCCUCCACAUGCAUCCACAGCCCCCUGCCUCCACAUGCAUCCACAGCCCCCUGCCUCCACAUGCAUCCACAGCCCCCUGCCUCCACAUGCAUCCACAGCCCCCUGCCUCCACAUGCAUCCACAGCCCCCUGCCUCCACAUGCAUCCACAGCCCCCUGCCUCCACAUGCAUCCACAGCCCCCUGCCUCCACAUGCAUCCACAGCCCCCUGCCUCCACAUGCAUCCACAGCCCCCUGCCUCCACAUGCAUCCACAGCCCCCUGCCUCCACAUGCAUCCACAGCCCCCUGCCUCCACAUGCAUCCACAGCCCCCUGCCUCCACAUGCAUCCACAGCCCCCUGCCUCCACAUGCAUCCACAGCCCCCUGCCUCCACAUGCAUCCACAGCCCCCUGCCUCCACAUGCAUCCACAGCCCCCUGCCUCCACAUGCAUCCACAGCCCCCUGCCUCCACAUGCAUCCACAGCCCCCUGCCUCCACAUGCAUCCACAGCCCCCUGCCUCCACAUGCAUCCACAGCCCCCUGCCUCCACAUGCAUCCACAGCCCCCUGCCUCCACAUGCAUCCACAGCCCCCUGCCUCCACAUGCAUCCACAGCCCCCUGCCUCCACAUGCAUCCACAGCCCCCUGCCUCCACAUGCAUCCACAGCCCCCUGCCUCCACAUGCAUCCACAGCCCCCUGCCUCCACAUGCAUCCACAGCCCCCUGCCUCCACAUGCAUCCACAGCCCCCUGCCUCCACAUGCAUCCACAGCCCCCUGCCUCCACAUGCAUCCACAGCCCCCUGCCUCCACAUGCAUCCACAGCCCCCUGCCUCCACAUGCAUCCACAGCCCCCUGCCUCCACAUGCAUCCACAGCCCCCUGCCUCCACAUGCAUCCACAGCCCCCUGCCUCCACAUGCAUCCACAGCCCCCUGCCUCCACAUGCAUCCACAGCCCCCUGCCUCCACAUGCAUCCACAGCCCCCUGCCUCCACAUGCAUCCACAGCCCCCUGCCUCCACAUGCAUCCACAGCCCCCUGCCUCCACAUGCAUCCACAGCCCCCUGCCUCCACAUGCAUCCACAGCCCCCUGCCUCCACAUGCAUCCACAGCCCCCUGCCUCCACAUGCAUCCACAGCCCCCUGCCUCCACAUGCAUCCACAGCCCCCUGCCUCCACAUGCAUCCACAGCCCCCUGCCUCCACAUGCAUCCACAGCCCCCUGCCUCCACAUGCAUCCACAGCCCCCUGCCUCCACAUGCAUCCACAGCCCCCUGCCUCCACAUGCAUCCACAGCCCCCUGCCUCCACAUGCAUCCACAGCCCCCUGCCUCCACAUGCAUCCACAGCCCCCUGCCUCCACAUGCAUCCACAGCCCCCUGCCUCCACAUGCAUCCACAGCCCCCUGCCUCCACAUGCAUCCACAGCCCCCUGCCUCCACAUGCAUCCACAGCCCCCUGCCUCCACAUGCAUCCACAGCCCCCUGCCUCCACAUGCAUCCACAGCCCCCUGCCUCCACAUGCAUCCACAGCCCCCUGCCUCCACAUGCAUCCACAGCCCCCUGCCUCCACAUGCAUCCACAGCCCCCUGCCUCCACAUGCAUCCACAGCCCCCUGCCUCCACAUGCAUCCACAGCCCCCUGCCUCCACAUGCAUCCACAGCCCCCUGCCUCCACAUGCAUCCACAGCCCCCUGCCUCCACAUGCAUCCACAGCCCCCUGCCUCCACAUGCAUCCACAGCCCCCUGCCUCCACAUGCAUCCACAGCCCCCUGCCUCCACAUGCAUCCACAGCCCCCUGCCUCCACAUGCAUCCACAGCCCCCUGCCUCCACAUGCAUCCACAGCCCCCUGCCUCCACAUGCAUCCACAGCCCCCUGCCUCCACAUGCAUCCACAGCCCCCUGCCUCCACAUGCAUCCACAGCCCCCUGCCUCCACAUGCAUCCACAGCCCCCUGCCUCCACAUGCAUCCACAGCCCCCUGCCUCCACAUGCAUCCACAGCCCCCUGCCUCCACAUGCAUCCACAGCCCCCUGCCUCCACAUGCAUCCACAGCCCCCUGCCUCCACAUGCAUCCACAGCCCCCUGCCUCCACAUGCAUCCACAGCCCCCUGCCUCCACAUGCAUCCACAGCCCCCUGCCUCCACAUGCAUCCACAGCCCCCUGCCUCCACAUGCAUCCACAGCCCCCUGCCUCCACAUGCAUCCACAGCCCCCUGCCUCCACAUGCAUCCACAGCCCCCUGCCUCCACAUGCAUCCACAGCCCCCUGCCUCCACAUGCAUCCACAGCCCCCUGCCUCCACAUGCAUCCACAGCCCCCUGCCUCCACAUGCAUCCACAGCCCCCUGCCUCCACAUGCAUCCACAGCCCCCUGCCUCCACAUGCAUCCACAGCCCCCUGCCUCCACAUGCAUCCACAGCCCCCUGCCUCCACAUGCAUCCACAGCCCCCUGCCUCCACAUGCAUCCACAGCCCCCUGCCUCCACAUGCAUCCACAGCCCCCUGCCUCCACAUGCAUCCACAGCCCCCUGCCUCCACAUGCAUCCACAGCCCCCUGCCUCCACAUGCAUCCACAGCCCCCUGCCUCCACAUGCAUCCACAGCCCCCUGCCUCCACAUGCAUCCACAGCCCCCUGCCUCCACAUGCAUCCACAGCCCCCUGCCUCCACAUGCAUCCACAGCCCCCUGCCUCCACAUGCAUCCACAGCCCCCUGCCUCCACAUGCAUCCACAGCCCCCUGCCUCCACAUGCAUCCACAGCCCCCUGCCUCCACAUGCAUCCACAGCCCCCUGCCUCCACAUGCAUCCACAGCCCCCUGCCUCCACAUGCAUCCACAGCCCCCUGCCUCCACAUGCAUCCACAGCCCCCUGCCUCCACAUGCAUCCACAGCCCCCUGCCUCCACAUGCAUCCACAGCCCCCUGCCUCCACAUGCAUCCACAGCCCCCUGCCUCCACAUGCAUCCACAGCCCCCUGCCUCCACAUGCAUCCACAGCCCCCUGCCUCCACAUGCAUCCACAGCCCCCUGCCUCCACAUGCAUCCACAGCCCCCUGCCUCCACAUGCAUCCACAGCCCCCUGCCUCCACAUGCAUCCACAGCCCCCUGCCUCCACAUGCAUCCACAGCCCCCUGCCUCCACAUGCAUCCACAGCCCCCUGCCUCCACAUGCAUCCACAGCCCCCUGCCUCCACAUGCAUCCACAGCCCCCUGCCUCCACAUGCAUCCACAGCCCCCUGCCUCCACAUGCAUCCACAGCCCCCUGCCUCCACAUGCAUCCACAGCCCCCUGCCUCCACAUGCAUCCACAGCCCCCUGCCUCCACAUGCAUCCACAGCCCCCUGCCUCCACAUGCAUCCACAGCCCCCUGCCUCCACAUGCAUCCACAGCCCCCUGCCUCCACAUGCAUCCACAGCCCCCUGCCUCCACAUGCAUCCACAGCCCCCUGCCUCCACAUGCAUCCACAGCCCCCUGCCUCCACAUGCAUCCACAGCCCCCUGCCUCCACAUGCAUCCACAGCCCCCUGCCUCCACAUGCAUCCACAGCCCCCUGCCUCCACAUGCAUCCACAGCCCCCUGCCUCCACAUGCAUCCACAGCCCCCUGCCUCCACAUGCAUCCACAGCCCCCUGCCUCCACAUGCAUCCACAGCCCCCUGCCUCCACAUGCAUCCACAGCCCCCUGCCUCCACAUGCAUCCACAGCCCCCUGCCUCCACAUGCAUCCACAGCCCCCUGCCUCCACAUGCAUCCACAGCCCCCUGCCUCCACAUGCAUCCACAGCCCCCUGCCUCCACAUGCAUCCACAGCCCCCUGCCUCCACAUGCAUCCACAGCCCCCUGCCUCCACAUGCAUCCACAGCCCCCUGCCUCCACAUGCAUCCACAGCCCCCUGCCUCCACAUGCAUCCACAGCCCCCUGCCUCCACAUGCAUCCACAGCCCCCUGCCUCCACAUGCAUCCACAGCCCCCUGCCUCCACAUGCAUCCACAGCCCCCUGCCUCCACAUGCAUCCACAGCCCCCUGCCUCCACAUGCAUCCACAGCCCCCUGCCUCCACAUGCAUCCACAGCCCCCUGCCUCCACAUGCAUCCACAGCCCCCUGCCUCCACAUGCAUCCACAGCCCCCUGCCUCCACAUGCAUCCACAGCCCCCUGCCUCCACAUGCAUCCACAGCCCCCUGCCUCCACAUGCAUCCACAGCCCCCUGCCUCCACAUGCAUCCACAGCCCCCUGCCUCCACAUGCAUCCACAGCCCCCUGCCUCCACAUGCAUCCACAGCCCCCUGCCUCCACAUGCAUCCACAGCCCCCUGCCUCCACAUGCAUCCACAGCCCCCUGCCUCCACAUGCAUCCACAGCCCCCUGCCUCCACAUGCAUCCACAGCCCCCUGCCUCCACAUGCAUCCACAGCCCCCUGCCUCCACAUGCAUCCACAGCCCCCUGCCUCCACAUGCAUCCACAGCCCCCUGCCUCCACAUGCAUCCACAGCCCCCUGCCUCCACAUGCAUCCACAGCCCCCUGCCUCCACAUGCAUCCACAGCCCCCUGCCUCCACAUGCAUCCACAGCCCCCUGCCUCCACAUGCAUCCACAGCCCCCUGCCUCCACAUGCAUCCACAGCCCCCUGCCUCCACAUGCAUCCACAGCCCCCUGCCUCCACAUGCAUCCACAGCCCCCUGCCUCCACAUGCAUCCACAGCCCCCUGCCUCCACAUGCAUCCACAGCCCCCUGCCUCCACAUGCAUCCACAGCCCCCUGCCUCCACAUGCAUCCACAGCCCCCUGCCUCCACAUGCAUCCACAGCCCCCUGCCUCCACAUGCAUCCACAGCCCCCUGCCUCCACAUGCAUCCACAGCCCCCUGCCUCCACAUGCAUCCACAGCCCCCUGCCUCCACAUGCAUCCACAGCCCCCUGCCUCCACAUGCAUCCACAGCCCCCUGCCUCCACAUGCAUCCACAGCCCCCUGCCUCCACAUGCAUCCACAGCCCCCUGCCUCCACAUGCAUCCACAGCCCCCUGCCUCCACAUGCAUCCACAGCCCCCUGCCUCCACAUGCAUCCACAGCCCCCUGCCUCCACAUGCAUCCACAGCCCCCUGCCUCCACAUGCAUCCACAGCCCCCUGCCUCCACAUGCAUCCACAGCCCCCUGCCUCCACAUGCAUCCACAGCCCCCUGCCUCCACAUGCAUCCACAGCCCCCUGCCUCCACAUGCAUCCACAGCCCCUGCCUCCACAUGCAUCCACAGCCCCCUGCCUCCACAUGCAUCCACAGCCCCCUGCCUCCACAUGCAUCCACAGCCCCUGCCUCCACAUGCAUCCACAGCCCCCUGCCUCCACAUGCAUCCACAGCCCCCUGCCUCCACAUGCAUCCACAGCCCCCUGCCUCCACAUGCAUCCACAGCCCCCUGCCUCCACAUGCAUCCACAGCCCCCUGCCUCCACAUGCAUCCACAGCCCCCUGCCUCCACAUGCAUCCACAGCCCCCUGCCUCCACAUGCAUCCACAGCCCCCUGCCUCCACAUGCAUCCACAGCCCCCUGCCUCCACAUGCAUCCACAGCCCCCUGCCUCCACAUGCAUCCACAGCCCCCUGCCUCCACAUGCAUCCACAGCCCCCUGCCUCCACAUGCAUCCACAGCCCCCUGCCUCCACAUGCAUCCACAGCCCCCUGCCUCCACAUGCAUCCACAGCCCCCUGCCUCCACAUGCAUCCACAGCCCCCUGCCUCCACAUGCAUCCACAGCCCCCUGCCUCCACAUGCAUCCACAGCCCCCUGCCUCCACAUGCAUCCACAGCCCCCUGCCUCCACAUGCAUCCACAGCCCCCUGCCUCCACAUGCAUCCACAGCCCCCUGCCUCCACAUGCAUCCACAGCCCCCUGCCUCCACAUGCAUCCACAGCCCCCUGCCUCCACAUGCAUCCACAGCCCCCUGCCUCCACAUGCAUCCACAGCCCCCUGCCUCCACAUGCAUCCACAGCCCCCUGCCUCCACAUGCAUCCACAGCCCCCUGCCUCCACAUGCAUCCACAGCCCCCUGCCUCCACAUGCAUCCACAGCCCCCUGCCUCCACAUGCAUCCACAGCCCCCUGCCUCCACAUGCAUCCACAGCCCCCUGCCUCCACAUGCAUCCACAGCCCCCUGCCUCCACAUGCAUCCACAGCCCCCUGCCUCCACAUGCAUCCACAGCCCCCUGCCUCCACAUGCAUCCACAGCCCCCUGCCUCCACAUGCAUCCACAGCCCCCUGCCUCCACAUGCAUCCACAGCCCCCUGCCUCCACAUGCAUCCACAGCCCCCUGCCUCCACAUGCAUCCACAGCCCCCUGCCUCCACAUGCAUCCACAGCCCCCUGCCUCCACAUGCAUCCACAGCCCCCUGCCUCCACAUGCAUCCACAGCCCCCUGCCUCCACAUGCAUCCACAGCCCCCUGCCUCCACAUGCAUCCACAGCCCCCUGCCUCCACAUGCAUCCACAGCCCCCUGCCUCCACAUGCAUCCACAGCCCCCUGCCUCCACAUGCAUCCACAGCCCCCUGCCUCCACAUGCAUCCACAGCCCCCUGCCUCCACAUGCAUCCACAGCCCCCUGCCUCCACAUGCAUCCACAGCCCCCUGCCUCCACAUGCAUCCACAGCCCCCUGCCUCCACAUGCAUCCACAGCCCCCUGCCUCCACAUGCAUCCACAGCCCCCUGCCUCCACAUGCAUCCACAGCCCCCUGCCUCCACAUGCAUCCACAGCCCCCUGCCUCCACAUGCAUCCACAGCCCCCUGCCUCCACAUGCAUCCACAGCCCCCUGCCUCCACAUGCAUCCACAGCCCCCUGCCUCCACAUGCAUCCACAGCCCCCUGCCUCCACAUGCAUCCACAGCCCCCUGCCUCCACAUGCAUCCACAGCCCCCUGCCUCCACAUGCAUCCACAGCCCCCUGCCUCCACAUGCAUCCACAGCCCCCUGCCUCCACAUGCAUCCACAGCCCCCUGCCUCCACAUGCAUCCACAGCCCCCUGCCUCCACAUGCAUCCACAGCCCCCUGCCUCCACAUGCAUCCACAGCCCCCUGCCUCCACAUGCAUCCACAGCCCCCUGCCUCCACAUGCAUCCACAGCCCCCUGCCUCCACAUGCAUCCACAGCCCCCUGCCUCCACAUGCAUCCACAGCCCCCUGCCUCCACAUGCAUCCACAGCCCCCUGCCUCCACAUGCAUCCACAGCCCCCUGCCUCCACAUGCAUCCACAGCCCCCUGCCUCCACAUGCAUCCACAGCCCCCUGCCUCCACAUGCAUCCACAGCCCCCUGCCUCCACAUGCAUCCACAGCCCCCUGCCUCCACAUGCAUCCACAGCCCCCUGCCUCCACAUGCAUCCACAGCCCCCUGCCUCCACAUGCAUCCACAGCCCCCUGCCUCCACAUGCAUCCACAGCCCCCUGCCUCCACAUGCAUCCACAGCCCCCUGCCUCCACAUGCAUCCACAGCCCCCUGCCUCCACAUGCAUCCACAGCCCCCUGCCUCCACAUGCAUCCACAGCCCCCUGCCUCCACAUGCAUCCACAGCCCCCUGCCUCCACAUGCAUCCACAGCCCCCUGCCUCCACAUGCAUCCACAGCCCCCUGCCUCCACAUGCAUCCACAGCCCCCUGCCUCCACAUGCAUCCACAGCCCCCUGCCUCCACAUGCAUCCACAGCCCCCUGCCUCCACAUGCAUCCACAGCCCCCUGCCUCCACAUGCAUCCACAGCCCCCUGCCUCCACAUGCAUCCACAGCCCCCUGCCUCCACAUGCAUCCACAGCCCCCUGCCUCCACAUGCAUCCACAGCCCCCUGCCUCCACAUGCAUCCACAGCCCCCUGCCUCCACAUGCAUCCACAGCCCCCUGCCUCCACAUGCAUCCACAGCCCCCUGCCUCCACAUGCAUCCACAGCCCCCUGCCUCCACAUGCAUCCACAGCCCCCUGCCUCCACAUGCAUCCACAGCCCCCUGCCUCCACAUGCAUCCACAGCCCCCUGCCUCCACAUGCAUCCACAGCCCCCUGCCUCCACAUGCAUCCACAGCCCCCUGCCUCCACAUGCAUCCACAGCCCCCUGCCUCCACAUGCAUCCACAGCCCCCUGCCUCCACAUGCAUCCACAGCCCCCUGCCUCCACAUGCAUCCACAGCCCCCUGCCUCCACAUGCAUCCACAGCCCCCUGCCUCCACAUGCAUCCACAGCCCCCUGCCUCCACAUGCAUCCACAGCCCCCUGCCUCCACAUGCAUCCACAGCCCCCUGCCUCCACAUGCAUCCACAGCCCCCUGCCUCCACAUGCAUCCACAGCCCCCUGCCUCCACAUGCAUCCACAGCCCCCUGCCUCCACAUGCAUCCACAGCCCCCUGCCUCCACAUGCAUCCACAGCCCCCUGCCUCCACAUGCAUCCACAGCCCCCUGCCUCCACAUGCAUCCACAGCCCCCUGCCUCCACAUGCAUCCACAGCCCCCUGCCUCCACAUGCAUCCACAGCCCCCUGCCUCCACAUGCAUCCACAGCCCCCUGCCUCCACAUGCAUCCACAGCCCCCUGCCUCCACAUGCAUCCACAGCCCCCUGCCUCCACAUGCAUCCACAGCCCCCUGCCUCCACAUGCAUCCACAGCCCCCUGCCUCCACAUGCAUCCACAGCCCCCUGCCUCCACAUGCAUCCACAGCCCCCUGCCUCCACAUGCAUCCACAGCCCCCUGCCUCCACAUGCAUCCACAGCCCCCUGCCUCCACAUGCAUCCACAGCCCCCUGCCUCCACAUGCAUCCACAGCCCCCUGCCUCCACAUGCAUCCACAGCCCCCUGCCUCCACAUGCAUCCACAGCCCCCUGCCUCCACAUGCAUCCACAGCCCCCUGCCUCCACAUGCAUCCACAGCCCCCUGCCUCCACAUGCAUCCACAGCCCCCUGCCUCCACAUGCAUCCACAGCCCCCUGCCUCCACAUGCAUCCACAGCCCCCUGCCUCCACAUGCAUCCACAGCCCCCUGCCUCCACAUGCAUCCACAGCCCCCUGCCUCCACAUGCAUCCACAGCCCCCUGCCUCCACAUGCAUCCACAGCCCCCUGCCUCCACAUGCAUCCACAGCCCCCUGCCUCCACAUGCAUCCACAGCCCCCUGCCUCCACAUGCAUCCACAGCCCCCUGCCUCCACAUGCAUCCACAGCCCCCUGCCUCCACAUGCAUCCACAGCCCCCUGCCUCCACAUGCAUCCACAGCCCCCUGCCUCCACAUGCAUCCACAGCCCCCUGCCUCCACAUGCAUCCACAGCCCCCUGCCUCCACAUGCAUCCACAGCCCCCUGCCUCCACAUGCAUCCACAGCCCCCUGCCUCCACAUGCAUCCACAGCCCCCUGCCUCCACAUGCAUCCACAGCCCCCUGCCUCCACAUGCAUCCACAGCCCCCUGCCUCCACAUGCAUCCACAGCCCCCUGCCUCCACAUGCAUCCACAGCCCCCUGCCUCCACAUGCAUCCACAGCCCCCUGCCUCCACAUGCAUCCACAGCCCCCUGCCUCCACAUGCAUCCACAGCCCCCUGCCUCCACAUGCAUCCACAGCCCCCUGCCUCCACAUGCAUCCACAGCCCCCUGCCUCCACAUGCAUCCACAGCCCCCUGCCUCCACAUGCAUCCACAGCCCCCUGCCUCCACAUGCAUCCACAGCCCCCUGCCUCCACAUGCAUCCACAGCCCCCUGCCUCCACAUGCAUCCACAGCCCCCUGCCUCCACAUGCAUCCACAGCCCCCUGCCUCCACAUGCAUCCACAGCCCCCUGCCUCCACAUGCAUCCACAGCCCCCUGCCUCCACAUGCAUCCACAGCCCCCUGCCUCCACAUGCAUCCACAGCCCCCUGCCUCCACAUGCAUCCACAGCCCCCUGCCUCCACAUGCAUCCACAGCCCCCUGCCUCCACAUGCAUCCACAGCCCCCUGCCUCCACAUGCAUCCACAGCCCCCUGCCUCCACAUGCAUCCACAGCCCCCUGCCUCCACAUGCAUCCACAGCCCCCUGCCUCCACAUGCAUCCACAGCCCCCUGCCUCCACAUGCAUCCACAGCCCCCUGCCUCCACAUGCAUCCACAGCCCCCUGCCUCCACAUGCAUCCACAGCCCCCUGCCUCCACAUGCAUCCACAGCCCCCUGCCUCCACAUGCAUCCACAGUCCCCUGCCUCCACAUGCAUCCACAGCCCCCUGCCUCCACAUGCAUCCACAGUCCCCUGCCUCCACAUGCAUCCACAGUCCCCUGCCUCCACAUGCAUCCACAGCCCCCUGCCUCCACAUGCAUCCACAGUCCCCUGCUUCCACAUGCAUCCACAGCCCCCUGCCUCCACAUGCAUCCACAGCCCCCUGCCUCCACAUGCAUCCACAGCCCCCUGCCUCCACAUGCAUCCACAGCCCCCUGCCUCCACAUGCAUCCACAGCCCCCUGCCUCCACAUGCAUCCACAGUCCCCUGCCUCCACAUGCAUCCACAGUCCCCUGCCUCCACAUGCAUCCACACUCCCCUUCUCAUAUCACCGCAUCUCAUAUUCUCCCCUUCUCAUAUCACCGCAUCUCAUAUUCUCCCCUUCUCAUAUCACCGCAUCUCAUAUUCUCCCCUUCUCAUAUCACCGCAUCUCAUAUUCUCCGCUUCUCAUAUCACCGCAUCUCGUAA